GCCCUGUGUUACCAGGGGCCUCAAGAUCCAGGUGAAGGGUAAGCUACAGGUGGGGAUCCGAGGGGUCUGCAGAUAGAGGAGGUACCCAGGCCCCUUGGUUACCCACCUUGAAGGAGGAGGAGGCCUGAGGAUGCGCCGCCUUCUCCGCAACGCCCCGCCCCCGCAGCGCCUACGCUGCCCUCUCCCGUUGGCUCUCCAUUGGCCGCAGCGCUCGCCAAUCCAGCCCCCUGGCCGUGAAGGGGGCGUGGCCGCGCGGUGCCCGGCCGGGGGCCGCGUCUGUCGCCGCUGCGCGCUGCGGUGCGGGCGGCAGGACGAUGAAGCCGGGAGCGCGGCGCGUUCUGAUCCCGCUGCUGUUCCUACUGACACCUGAGCCGUGGCGGCGAUGCUGCUGAGACCCUUUCAGCCCAGAAGUCAACCUACUUGAUUGUCAGCCAUGCCUUUAGUGAAGAGAAACAUUGAACCCCGGCACUUGUGCCGCGGCGCCCUGCCGGAAGGAGUCACCAGUGAGCUGGAAUGCGUGACCAACAGCACGCUCGCCGCAAUCAUCCGCCAGCUGAGCAGUCUGAGUAAACAUGCAGAAGACAUAUUUGGUGAGUUAUUUAAUGAGGCUAACAACUUCUACAUCAGAGCAAAUUCCCUUCAAGACAGAAUCGAUCGGCUUGCUGUCAAAGUCACCCAGCUGGACUCCACGGUGGAGGAGGUCUCACUUCAGGAUAUCAACAUGAAGAAAGCAUUCAAAAGCUCCACCAUCCAAGACCAGCAGGUGGUCUCCAAGAACAGCAUUCCCAACCCUGUUGCUGACAUUUAUAAUCAGAGUGACAAACCCCCGCCGCUGAGCAUUCUGACACCGUACAGAGAUGACAAGAAGGAUGGGCUGAAGUUCUACACGGAUCCCUCUUACUUCUUUGACCUCUGGAAAGAAAAGAUGCUGCAGGACACAGAAGACAAGAGGAAAGAGAAACGACGUCAGAAGGAGCAAAAGCGUGUAGAUGGCACCACCCGAGAGGUGAAAAAGGUUAGAAAAGCCAGAAACAGGCGCCAGGAGUGGAAUAUGAUGGCGUAUGACAAGGAGCUUAGGCCCGACAACAGGUUGUCUCAGAGUGUGCACCACGGAGCAUCCUCCGAGGGAUCUCUGUCCCCAGAUACUAGGUCUCACACAUCCGAUGUCACCGAUUAUUCUUAUCCUGCUACUCCCAACCAUGCUUUGCAAGCACAGCCGGUGACACCUUCCUACACGGCUGGUGAUGCACCACUGCAUGGAACCACAAACCAAGGCGCUGAGCACGAGUACCGACCGUCGUCUGCCUCGGCAAGGCACAUGGCCCUGAACAGACCUCAGCAACCACCGCCACCGCCUCCUCCCCAGGCGCCAGAGGGGUCCCAGGCCUCUACGUCAGUGGCUCCAGCCGACUAUGGGAUGCUUCCAGCACAGAUAAUUGAAUACUACAACCCCUCAGGACCGCCACCACCUCCCCCUCCACCCAUGAUUCCCUCAGCACAAACUGCCUUCGUCAGCCCUCUCCAGAUCCCUGCACAGCCCCCGUUCCCUGCCUCAGCCGUCUCCACAUACCCCACUCCCCCUCACCAGCCCUCCACUGGGCUCCUGGCCACAGCACCACCACCCCCAGGUCCCCCACCUCCUCCACCUGGUCCUCCUGGCCCCUCCUCCCUAUCCUCAUCCCCAAUGCAUGGUCCCCCUGUGGCUGAGGCAAAGCGCCCAGAGCCUGCACAGCCACCCAUAAGUGAUGCAAGAAGUGACCUCUUGGCUGCCAUCCGGAUGGGAAUCCAACUGAAAAAGGUGCAGGAGCAACGCGAGCAGGAAGCCAAGCGGGAGCCUGUCGGGAAUGAUGUGGCCACCAUCUUGUCUAGACGCAUUGCUGUGGAGUACAGCGACUCAGACGACGACUCUGAGUUUGAUGAGAAUGACUGGUCUGACUGAGGCGCAAGGGCCAGGCAACCAGUGGACAGCCAGGGCCCCAUAUGCAAGUGUGUUAGGAGCUCCUGUGCUCUCUGCACCCUCACAGUGGUAUUUCCCUGUAGCUUUAGUCCCUUUUGUAUUAACAGUGUGAUUUGCUUCUGCACAUCCUUCUGGAUUUGUUGAGUACUUACUGUGUAAUACUUAAGUGCCACAGAACACAGCACACCGUGCUGCACACCAGGAAACUCGCAGUGUUAGUGCAUCAUCCUGAAACAGCACCUUGCUUCCCUCUCAGCCAUGAGAGUCCCCUCUCCUGUCCAUCCUGAUUUGGUGGGCUUGCCACGUAUCUGUGCAGCUGCCCCAUGUCAGCUCUUUGCAAGAUCAAUGGCUGUGUGUCUCAGUGAUGUCUUCCGACCGGUGGGUGAUACGCUUCCCUGUUUCUUCCCUUUGCAAAUUGAAUUCCAGAUAGACAUGGUUGUAGAGGGGAAAGUUUAACAAAUCAGAAUGAAAUGUUUGUCUGUUUGCACACUGGGCCUGGUGGCCUCCAAGGAAAUGUGUACGCUCGUUUGCUUUCUCUAACUUGGCACUUGCAACCGAGAGCGGCCAUUCUUAUGUGGGGAGCCCUGUGGGUACUCAUGUGGAAAGUGCCCACUGACUUUUGCAGAUGGAGCUCACUUUCAUGGCUAGCCCUGAUAGCGUUGGGCACCAGUUAGCCAGGCCAUGUUCAAGCUGCCCAGAGUCUGCAGAGCUUGCAUGGCAGAGCAGCCGCAUCUGGUUCCCUCCUACUCCACCCAGUGGAAAAGAGACCUACAGGUUUUAUUUUCUGGGAUCCCUGCUCCUCUGUUCACCAGGGAGUGAGCACAGGUCAGCACCUCACCCCCCUUGCUCUGAAUCAUGGAAGCUUGACUUUAGCUGAGAGAUGCCACCAGCUGUUCACAACCCAUGGUGCUGUGGCUAGAUUCCUGCUCAGUCUCUCAAACAGGGCCACACCCCUCCUGAAGCACAGCUCUCUUCUCUCCUGUUGUUGGCACAUUUUCAAUUUUAAAAAGUACCUCACAAGAUAAACUUGAUUCAGCCAGUUGCCCGGGCAGAGACCUGACUUCCUCUCUGCUGCCCUGAUCCUUUUUACCAAAUGGCAAUUCCAUAGUCCUGGCUGAGGUAGGGGCUCAAAGUCCAGUGUCUGCUUUGCAAUUCUGGAAGGACAGCUGCUUAUUUAAAUAAGUCUUUGUGAUAUCCGAAGGCUUGGGUUACAGGGAGGACCUUGCAGAGGGACCAGGACACUGCCUUCCCUUAGGUGCAUUAUUUAAGUGGCCUGCAGCUCUUAAUAUCUCUCACUUUUUAUGAAAAGAAAAAUUCAGAUCUGGGGUGACAUUGUGUCAGUUGACAGGGAAUGCCUGUGGGAUAAUUAAAAGUGGUUUUUGCUCAUGAGUUUGGGAUGUCACCCAGCCACCCACAUCGCCUGCUAUUGUGUGUGGACGCCUGUCCGCUUGGCCAGCUAUCCUGUAACACCUGCCAGUAGUAGGUUUUCCUCAUGUCAAUAUGACAGUGAAAGCCCAUGUGCAAGCCCCUCCCUAUGCCCUGCUUUGACAUGUGUCUGAGUGCUCUGUGCUGCGUGAUGGCCAUCCUGGAGCCUGCGCACACGUGGCCGCUGCUGUGACUCGCUGUCAUUGGUAAUUUGUGAGAGGCUUUUUCUUUCUUUCUCAGUUCUGUUUUUCCACACUGAGACCCACCAUGUUGGCAUCAUCCUCGAGACUUUGACAUUUGAGCCUUUUGUUCUGUCUCCCAUGUGCCCUGUAGAACCCAGCACUCACUAUGCUCUCAGGGUGGAGGGAAGACAUUAAAGCUACCAGCCAUUGUCAGGAUUUUUUCUACUGAUGUCACA